AGUUAUUUCUUGAAGAUGAUCUGGCAACGCCAGAGUUACCAAAACAAAAUUUUUCCGCGGCUUGACAAGCGAUAUUAUUGAAAUUCCCGGAAAUAAAGUGUACAAAAAUCAGUUUUAGAUGUGUCUGCUCGUUCCUUAGCAUCCUGCGAGCUUGAUUUCGCUGGCGGAAAAAAGUCAAAAACAUUAAAAGCCUGGAAAUACGGUUGGGGAAUAGGUAUCCCCUCCUAAUUGGUCAAAAGAUCUUUAAGAUCUCUAUAAUAUCGUAGAAAUGGCUGUUCAAUGUCGUCUGUGUGCCUUGUUUUUCUUCCAAUUGAAACCCACGAUCAUAUAACUCGGGAUCCUCGCCAAGAUCAAAGAUCUCACCGGAUUAUGGUUACAAGAGGAAGAGCACCUACCGCGUCACAUUUGCCCAUCUUGCCUGAAUGAGUUAAAUAUAUUCACUGAUUUAAGGCAACGCAUUCAACGGAACCACAAUCUACUGAAUCUCAGAAGGGAGGUCGGAAGUGCUCAAGAUCUGGAAUCUCAAAUGUCAAGUUCCGAGUCAGAAGGGGAUUUCUCGGGUAUCCUUACAGAAUCGAGCAAUCCUAUGACAUUCAUAGUGACGACAAUGAAAAGAGUAGAAGGCAAUUCCUGCUUUACUGAAAUCAAAAGACGGGCUGUUCAUAAUAUUCAGAAGGUCAAAAGAAGAAGGGCCUGCAAAGCUCUAUCCCUGGACUGCACAGAAUGUGGAAAGUCCUUUAAGACCACAUACAACUUAAGGUUGCAUAUGGUGCGCCAUACUGGCCAGAAGGAUUUUGCAUGCUCUUUUUGCGAAAGGCAAUUCGUCUCAAUACAUCUGAAGAAACUGCACGAACGAGUCCGCCACUUGGGAGAGCAGCCCUUUAAGUGCAAAUUCUGUCCAGAUACGUUCUUUACCAGUACGGCUAAGAACCGACACGAGCGAAUUAGACACAUUAGAGACGGUAGCUACAAAUGCGAUGAGUGCAACAGCAAAUUCAAUACCAAAACCUGCUUAAACAAGCACAAGUUCCUGCAUACCGGGAAGAAACCAUAUUGCUGUGAUAUAUGCAAUAUUAGCUUUGCCGAAAGGCAAAAAUUAAAGAAUCAUAAUCAAACACAAAUCCACCAGAAGAGGGCAACAGCCAUCCUGGAUGCAAACCAGUGCUGGGACUCCGAUGAAGUAAACAUCAACUUGGACUCAAUAUUUACUGAUUUUUAAACACGACUUGGAUGAAUUGAGGCAGGAAGCAUAGAUUAGAUAAAAAUUUAAGAAAUAUCUUCAUAGUCGCUGAAUGUUUUUCUUUUGUUCUGGCACUGGAUUGCCUUUUAUUAAGUUCAUUUAAACACUUUUACCUUAUAUUUGACUAACAA